AGCUCUGGGCUCAAGGCAGCGCGGCCCCGACCGAGCGGCUGAGCUCGCCGCGAGCGCGCGCGCGCGCCACCCUCCGCCGCGUCGGCCACGCCGCGCCAGCCGUGGACGAUGGCAGCCCGCGCGAGCUACAGCCCCUACGCCGAGCUCGGGGUGGCGCCCGGGGCGCCGGCGCGCGAAGUGCGCCGCGCGUUCCUGCGGACCCGAUCGCGCGCCGGUUCCACCCGGACAAGUGCCACGAGCCCGGCGCGGGCGAGCGCUUCCGCCGCGCGCAGGAUCGGGGCCUUCGCCGCCCUCGGCAGGGCCGGCGCGGGCGCGCCCGGGCAGGCGCCGGAGCCCGCGCCGCGCGGCGCCCCCGAGUGCGCCAGCGACUCGGAGAGCUGGGAGGCGCCGCGGCGGCCCGCGGAGAAGAAGGCGGAGCCUGCAGAGGUGGUCGACCCAGACGAGCCGGUGCUGUGCCUGGCGGGGCUGCUGCAGCUGCUGCGGCAGCACUGUGGCGGCGGUGCGCCCUCGGCCGGGUCGCUGCGCCGGCGGUUCCUGCAGGCCGCGGUGCCCUGGCCCUGGGACCUCGGCGGCCCGGCGCUGCACGCGGCGCUGGCGCGGGCGCUGCGGGACGAGCUCGACGCGCGGGUGGCCGCCAUGGAGAGCUGGCGCGGCUGUCCAAGCGGGACCUCGGCUGGUGGCUCGAGGCGCGCGGCUCCCCGGUGAGCCUGGCGCUGGAGGACCCGGACGACUCCGUCCCGAAGGAGUCGAUCGCCCGCCUGGCGAGAGAGCUGCUGGCGGCGGGCGCGUCGAGCACGCCAAUCCUCGGGUCGGACGUAGGUCGGGGACACGUAGGACUGAGGGUUUGCCCGAGCUCGGGUUUGCCGAUGUACCGAUGCCCCUCGUGUUCGCCUCCAUCGUGCCUCCUUGGGUCGGCUACGCGAGUUGAUUCGGUACCCCCCCCCUUUACUCUCAUGUCAGCUCGUGUUUAGUGAAUGACGUUCCCUCCCCGAUGGCUGGUGAAUGGAUACCGCGGGGCUCGAGAG